UGAGAUUAUCGAUUAAUGAGUAUUGAUGUUAAGGUUAUGAAGUAAAGAAAAAAGUGUGGUGAUUACUGGUUAAGUAGUGAUAGGGAAUCUGACUUAUGGACGCAAUAGGAAUAGUGUAACUUAUGGCAUAGUACUUCAUUUAAUAGAGCCGGAGUGCUUAACAAUAGUUUACUACUUAAUUAUGUUAUUUUGCCCGACCUGUGCCAAUAUACUUAUGGUAGAGGAAUGCCCAGAGUCUGGACUCCGAUAUGCAUGUAAUACUUGUCCUUAUGUGUACAAUAUAAGGAGGAAAGUAUCAUCAAAAACGUUUCCUAAGCUCAAGGAACUGGAUUAUAUUAUGGGUGGUGCUGCCGCAUGGGAGAAUGUAGAUUCCACUGAUGCAGUUUGCCCCAAGUGUGCACAUGGAAGAGCUUUUUUUAUGCAACUCCAAACCCGUUCUGCAGAUGAGCCCAUGACUACAUUUUACCGUUGUUGUAAUCAUACAUGUGCACACAACUGGCGUGACUAA